UGAGCGCCCAGGAGCAGCCCAGCUGCAGAGGCGCCUUUGAUCUCUACUUUGUCCUGGACAAGUCUUGGAGUGUGGCCAAUAACUGGCUUGAAAUUUACGAUUUUGUCAAGCAACUUACAGAACGAUUUGUGAGCCCUCGCAUGAGAGUAUCUUUCAUUGUGUUUUCUUCUCAAGCAACCACUAUUUUGCCAUUAACUGGAGACAGAGUCAAAAUCAAUCAAGGCUUGAAGGACUUAAAAGAUGUUGUUCCAGUAGGAGAGACAUUCAUCCAUGAAGGACUAAAGAAAGCAAAUGAACAAAUUGAGAAAGCAGGAGGCUUAAAAACCUCCAGUAUCAUAAUUGCUCUGACAGAUGGAAAGUUGGAAGGUCUGGUGCCAUCAUAUGCAGAGAAAGAGGCAAAAUUAGCCAGGUCAUUUGGGGCUAGAGUUUAUUGUGUUGGUGUCCUUGACUUUGAACAAGGUCAGCUCGAAAGAAUUGCUGAUUCCAAGGAACAAGUUUUUCCUGUCAAAGGUGGAUUUCAAGCUCUUAAAGGAAUAAUUAAUUCUAUACUAGCUCGGUCAUGCACUGAAAUCCUGGAAUUGUAUCCCUCAAGUGUAUGUGUGGGGGAGGAAUUUCAAAUCGUUUUGAAUGGAAGAGGACUCAACUUGGGCAGUCGCGAUGGCAGUGUUCUCUGUACCUACACAGUGAAUGACACCUACACCAAGAGUGUAAAGCCAGUAAGUGUGGAGGGGAAUUCUGUGCUUUGUCCUGCACCUAGUCUGAAUAAAGUUGGAGAAACUCUUGAUGUUUCAGUGAGCUUUAACGGAGGAAAAUCUGUUAUCUCGAGCUCAUUAGUAGUCACAGCCACAGAAUGUUCUAAUGGGAUUGCAGCCAUCAUUGCCAUUCUGGUGUUACUGCUGCUCUUGGGCAUCGGUUUGAUGUGGUGGUUUUGGCCUCUUUGCUGCAAAGUGGUGAGUAAGGAUUUUUAUGCUGGAUUUCCUUUCUUCAUUACUUUGCAAUUUCCUCUAUUAUUGGCCAGAGGGCUCACAAGUGUCAAAGAGGAAGAGGACCCUCUGCCAAACAAGAAAUGGCCAACUGUGGAUGCUUCCUAUUAUGGCGGUCGAGGGGUUGGAGGAAUUAAAAGAAUGGAGGUUCGCUGGGGUGAUAAAGGAUCUACUGAGGAAGGUGCAAGGCUAGAGAAAGCCAAAAAUGCUGUGGUGACAAUCCCUGAAGAAACAGAGGAACCCAUCCGACCGAGGCCACCUCGACCCAGACCCUCGUACCAGCCUCCUCAGACAAAGUGGUACACACCAAUUAAGGGUCGGCUGGAUGCGCUCUGGGCUUUGCUGCGGCGGCAGUAUGACCGGGUUUCCCUGAUGCGACCUCAGGAAGGAGAUGAGGGCCGGUGCAUAAACUUCUCCCGAGUUUCGUCUCAGUAAAAAGAAAGACCAAGAAGGUAUGAAGAUGGUACAUCUUCACACUGCUGAUUUCCAACCCAAUGAAAAACCAUAAGUGCAUCUUAGAAGUUUUUGGAAGAGCAGCUUUAUUCCUCUCAGUCGGGAAAUGUUUUCUCUGCCUUCUGCUUUGCUUGCACCAGACCUUUUCAAACACUUGUUCUGCCAUCUACCUGGGAGUCGAUGAAACCCAGUAGUAACUCAUGAUUCAUGGCACUGAAGAUAAAGAGGACCAUUAACCUACAUGCCAUGACUUAUACAAAAAAGUUUGCUGAAUGUGUAGAAAAGGAAAACAAUAAAAAACAACAGCAUGAAGAUGAUAUCAAAACGGAGACCACAAAACAACUGGCCGUGAUGGAUCUUUAAUGAAGAGAGGAGUGUUGAACAUGGUAACAUGGCUCCCGUGUUUCCACAUGGCAAGAUUGUGUAUCCAUAGGCAGAGUAUGAGAUUUCCUGCCAGACUCAGCAAAUAAAGGAGUCUAUUGCCUUAUAGCUCUGUCAGAUCACAAAAUCCUUCCACGUUCCCUACCACAAUGUGCCUAUGGGAAGCUUCUGCCUGGAAAAUCUUGUCAUUCUAUCACUGAAAAGUGCACACGCAUGACAAAAUGUAGACAGUAUGCCCCCAGGUAUUGGUAGCAAGCAAGAUUGUGCCCUUUAGUUUUUCAAGACACCUUUCUUUCAUUAUGCACUUGGGAAAGAAGACAAUUAAUAGAGCAUUAUUACACAGGAAGGCGGCCUCUACCCAGAGGUCUUGAGCGGAGUGUGAGGGACUCAUGAUUUGAGAACUUGUCCCCGUGAUUGGUCGACUUACCCCUCUUUCUCUGUUUAGGGUUUAGUAGUGCGUAAAGCAUCAAUAUCUGUAAACAUACCAAACAGUUUUGUUUGCUUUUAAUUUAAUGGAAGCAGUAACCACAAAGCUUCCGCUCAGGGUUUUUUCUUUCUCCAAGUCUCCAAGGGCUCCUCAGCGUCACAAGCCAGCAACUCUCUUUGCAUGAAAAUUUCAAAGUUUAAUUAAUAUAAUUAAAGGCAACAGCAAGCAGCAGCCUGUGAAGAUUUUGCUCAUCUUUUUUAUGCCUUUUGACAUUGAAUGACCUAUUACUGUAUGCGCAUUACUUGGAUUUUGAGGGGCACUUUAUCUUGGAUGAUAUUCAGUAGAGAAGAAAAGACCUCCACUCAUCAAUUUGAAAAUUAAAUGUUCAGGAGGAUCAGCCACCACAAAACAUCGAAAAUGUGUAUAUUCGAAUUUUGUAGAAAAACCACCAUCGUGUCAUGUCGACGAUGCCAAAUUAUGUUAGCGUGAGCGGAAACACGGUGGGGGAGGAAGAAGGCAGCAGCUGAAGAGAAAAGCUCAAAUGAUCUAGUCACUUUCGAUACUGAAUUUCAGAUGCGAAAUGGAUAUUCGACGCGAAACCUGACAAAGUGCGCCAGCUUUGAUGUGAACUGGUAUAGACAAUGACCAGUGGCUGGGUCAGUGAGAUGUCUCUCUGUGAGCACAAAGGCUUAUCAAAUGACACUAAAAAUAAGUUCAACAACCAUCACGUUGGAAGGGAGAAGGCGAACAUUUCAUGUUCGGCGGGCAUGCGAGUGCACAAGAUGGAAAGAGCGAUUUGGAGCAACCCAGUUUAAUUACCCCCAUUGUGCUCUUCAUGGAAAUUUCAAAGGACGGGAGUGACUCUGUGGGUUGGUAUCCAGAUUUGUGGCGCUGCUCCAAGAAGCCCGACUCACACAUGCAACUAUAUAUGUACAUGUAUAUCUUCUAGCUUGAAUCCUUUGCUCAAGUUUAUUUAUGUCACUGGCUGGCUGGAUCCAACGUCAUGUGUCUACAUAUUCAUAAAUAAAAUUUUACCUGCGCCUCUGCUACCAUUUUCUUUAAGCCUACAUAAACUCAAGCCUUGUUUGGUUGAAUAUAUCAUUGUCCUGGUUAGUUUUGGGGACAGAAUUAUAUUGCGUCCCCAAAUGUCCCCUGUGUUCACAAGUGAUACUAUUGGCAGUAAUUAUCCAUGUGUGCAAGUGUGACUUGGAAGCCCAUUGAGUUCUUGUAGACCUUUCUUCUACAUUUGCAUCUGGGACAGGACCUAUCCCUAUUUUCUUUAAAUUGGCACUUCGUUUCUGAUCAGUGCACAUUCCUAAAUGGCAUUUAUGAGUAUCAAGGAUGCCUAGAAGCUAAAGCUUUUGCUUUGACAGUGACUUUGAAUUUAUCUAAUAUUGUAUGGCAUUUGAUGACACUUGCAUGUUGCUACAUGAGCACUGUAAGUAGACCUCUACCUUUAAAUGGCAAAGUAGUUUUCGGUGGAUUGCCGUGCAUAUGAAUUUGCAGUUCUAAUACCACUAUGAAGAAUUCUGCAUGAUGACAGAGAGGCAUUGGUCUACAUGUACUCUAAAAAAGUACCGUUCAUAAUGUUUAAAGACAGAUGAAUUUCAUUGCACUGAAAGAUAUGAGUCAGCUUUAUGUUACUACUUUCUCUGAUCAGGCUAAGUAGCAAAUGAGAGGACUUUUUUUUAAUGAGUACUGUUUUCUCACUACAUUGAAAACCUCUAGACCAGUGGUUCUCAACCUUGGCUGAACAUUAGAAUCACCUGGGAAUCUUUUUAAAAUCCUGAUUUCUGGGCCUCAUCCAGGUGAUUCUAAUGUGCAGCCAAGGUUGAGAACCACUGCUCUAAACCUUUCAACCAGGAAAAUAAAAGGGUCAUAGAAAGUCAUUUCCAUAAGUUUAAUAACAUUUUACAUUUUAUGUAGAGAAAAAGUUCCUGUUUAAUUUUUUUGGACUUAAGUUCAGUCAAGAUUUCUUUUCUGUGAAUAAAUGAGUAAGUCUUUAGCCAUAAUCCAUUUGUGUUGCAUAAGGUUU